GUCGUUGAGUUGAUGGUCCCAAUUUCCUGCUAUAAGUACGUCUCGGUUGUAGUACUUCUCAUGGUCAUGCAAAGAAAGAAAGACAAGCCCACCCCAAAUAACCUAAACAACCUGCCAUGGCCUCAUCUCUGAACCAACUCUCGCCGCUGUUCCUCGUUUAUGUCCUUCUCAUGCUCACGCAAGAAAUGCCUUGUCUCGCUUCAUCUCGAAGCUCUACUCUAAUGGCCGUUGGUGCUAGUAACCAAACCAGAAAGGAGGAAGUGGAGGCACUCCUAACAUGGAAAUCUAAGCUAGACAGCCAGAGUCGCUAUACUUUGUCUUCGUGGAGUGGAAGCAACCCUUGUUCAUGGCGCGGAAUCGAUUGUGAUCUUCCUGGGAGAGUUGUGAGCUUGAACCUCUCAGAUUCUGCCAUACAAGGUAUGCUUCAUCAUCUCAAUUUCUCUCGAUUGCCCAACUUGGUCGCUCUAGAGCUUGCCAACAACUCGCUUUUCGGAAAAAUCCCUCCGAGCAUGGCUCUUCUUGCCAAGCUUACUCAUCUGAAUUUGUCUCGAAAUAACCUUUCGGGAAACAUCCCAACUCAACUCGGGUCGUUGCGAUCUUUACAAGUUCUCGAGCUUUCGAAUAAUAACUUCAAUGGCCCAAUUCCCAAUGAGAUAGGUAGCUUGAGCAACUUGACCGGCCUAUUUCUUUCCGAUAAUAAGCUUUCUGGUUUCAUCCCUAAAGAAAUAGGAAGGCUCAAGUCCCUCAGUUACCUUAUGUUGAUGAACAAUCACAUCACCGGUCCUAUUCCUUCUUCCGUGGGAAACAUGAGCAGCUUGAUAAAGAUGUGGCUUUUUAAUAAUCAACUUAUUGGGGCCAUUCCAGAGGAAAUAGGAAUGUUGGGGUCUCUCAGUGAACUUGAUUUAUCAAACAAUCAUCUCAAUGGAACCAUCACUACAACUCUAGGAAAUCUAAGUAAUUUGGCAUAUCUUUACCUCUAUGGCAACCAACUUUCUGGCUCCAUACCUAUGGAAGUGGGAGGAAUGAGAUCCCUCAUACAUUUUCAAUUGCUAUUCAAUGAUUUAACUGGUCCUAUCCCGACAUCCAUAGGAAGCUUGAGCAAUCUCAAUGUUCUUUUCCUUUCCCACAAUGAGCUUUCCGGUCCUAUCCCGUCAUCCUUAAGAAACUUAAGCAAUCUCAAUAUUCUUUCCCUUUUCAAUAAUAAGCUUUCUGGUCCUAUCCCGUCAUCCUUAGGAAACUUAAGCAAUCUCAAUAUUCUUUCCCUUUUCAACAAUGAGCUUUCUGGUCCUAUCCCGUCCUUCAUAAGUAACUUGAACAAUUUGAAUGGUCUUUUCCUUUCCAACAAUAAGCUUUCUGGUCCUAUCCCGUCCUCCGUAAGUAACUUGAGCAAUUUGAAUAAUCUUUUCCUUUCCCACAAUGAGCUUUCCGGUCCUAUCCCGUCAUCCUUAGGAAACUUAAGCAAUCUCAAUAAUCUUUCGCUUUUCAACAAUGAGCUUUCCGGUCCUAUCCCGUCCUCCAUAUGUAACAUGAGAAAUUUGAAUAAUCUUCUCCUUUCCAACAAUGAGCUUUCUGGGCCUAUCCCGUCCUCUAUAGGCAUCUUGAGCAAUUUGAAUUAUCUUUCGCUUUCCAGCAAUGAGUUGUCGGGUCGCAUCCCACCAUCCAUCGGUAAUUUGAGCAAUCUGAAUGUUCUUGACCUUAGCCAAAAUGAGUUGUCAGGCUUUAUUCCGAAAGAGAUUGGAAAACCAAGAUUCCUCAGUCAUUUGAGUCUACAUCUGAAUGACCUAGGGGGCUUUCUUCCCAUCGAGAUAAACAAUCUCACAUCCCUCGCAUUCCUGCAGCUAUCUGAUAAUGACUUUGUUGGCCAAUUGCCACAAGAAAUGUGCAGUAGCCAAACUCUGGUAAAUUUUAGUGCAUCAAACAAUCACUUCACUGGACCCAUCCCAAGAAGCCUGAAAAAUUGUUCAACUUUGUAUAGAGUUAGGCUCGAAAACAACUCACUCACUGGAAAUGUAACCGAUGCUCUUGGUGUGUACCCCAAUAUGGAUUACCUUGAUUUGAGUAACAACGAAUUUCAUGACAGCAACCGCCUUACAGGCCACAUCCCUCAAAAACUUGGAGACUUGUCCAGUCUCCAGAAACUCAACAUUGCAGGGAACAACCUGAGUGGCUCAAUUCCUAUACAACUUGAGGGGUGCUCCAACCUUAUAUUCUUGAAUUUAAGCAGGAAUAAUCUUGAAAAUAGUAUUCCUAUGGAGAUCGGCAAUCUCCAGUCUCUUCAAGUUCUCGAUCUGAGUCAAAAUUUGCUCGAGGGAGGAAUACCCCAAAAGCUAGGGCUAUUGCACAGGUUGGAAUUACUCAAUCUCUCACACAAUCAGCUCUCCGGUUCAAUUGCGUCCACCUUUGAUGAUAUGGCGAGCUUGACAUCAAUCGACAUAUCGUAUAAUGAGUUAGAGGGUCCUUUACCAAACAUUACAGCCUUUCGUAAUGCUACGAUUGAAGUUGUGAGAGGGAACAAAGGCUUGUGUGGAGUUAUUGCUAGUCUUAACCCCUGCACAGCAACAACGUCGAAAGGGAAGAACAAAAACAAAAAGCUGCUGUUAACUUUGAUUCCUACUUUAGGUUGCCUACUUUCGUUGCUUCUUGUUGUGGGAAUUUCAAGUAUAAUAUGCCGUAGAUUAAGGAAAACAGAGCCUUGUUCGAACAACAGAAGCAAUGAAAACCCGUGGGCAGUACUGAGCUUUGACGGCAGAAUGGUCUAUGAGAGCAUUAUUGAAGCCACGGAGGAGUUUGAUGCCAAAUAUUGCAUCGGUGUUGGAGGACAUGGUAGUGUUUACAACGCCCGAUUGCAAACAGGUGAGAUUGUUGCUGUAAAGAAACUCAAGGAAGCAGUGGAUGUCGAAAUUGCUAGUCGAAAAGCAUUUGAAAGGGAGAUUCAUGCCCUGACCGAAGCUCGGCACCGGAAUAUUGUCAAGCUCUACGGAUUUUGCUCGAGUUCUCGACAUUCAUUUUUGGUGUACGAGUUCUUGGAAUCUGGCAGCUUGAAGGAUGUAUUGAACAAUGAAGAGAGGAUAACGACAUUUGACUGGAACAAGAGAGUGAAUGUUGUCAAAGGUGUGGCUUGUGCUCUGUGCUACAUGCACCAUGAAUGCUCUCCUCCUAUAGUUCAUCGAGACGUGUCGAGCAAGAAUAUUUUACUGGAUGAAGAAUACGAAGCUCACGUCUCUGAUUUUGGCACGGCUAAGGUCCUACAACCUUAUUCAUCCAAUUGGACUUCCUUUGCAGGCACUUUCGGAUAUGCAGCUCCAGAGCUCGCAUACACGAUGGAGGUGAAGGAGAAAUGUGAUGUUUAUAGCUUUGGAGUGGUGACAUUGGAAGUAAUCACGGGGAGACAUCCGGGCGAUCUCAUAUCGUCUCUCGCAUCUUCAUCUUCUUCUUCAUCAAGCAAUUCAACAGCUUCACAUUGGCCCCUAAAACAAGCUCUAGAUCAAAGAAUUCCGUACCCAGAUGGUGAUCUGCUAGGUCACGUGGUUUUCAUUGUAAAGAUGGCAUUUACAUGCUUGACUGCAAAACCAGAGCAUCGUCCAAGCAUGGAACAAGUGUCUCAACAGAUAUCGGCACGUGGGUCGAUCAUGAUAAGCGCGUUGGAGGACAUAAAAUUGGAAGAGCUAGUUGACCCUGGAUGCUUCACUUAUUGACAUUUUGGUCUCUCUGUUGCAGCUUGUGUACCAAGUUCUGUCUUUGAUUUCUCUUACAAGGAUGAUAUGCACUG